AAUUUAAGUACGCUUUCCCAAUGCCACCGUAUCUGUUGGUCUCUCGCUUUCCUCUUCCGUUCUUCGUCGCCCAAUCAUCCCUUCCGCGAUGCAAAAUUUAGUGCACUCUCCCAAUACCACCGUAUCUGUUAGUCUCUCGCUCAUCGCUGCGAUCGGCAUGUCAUCGUCUACAUCUCGCAUCGAUCGAUCUGCGGCUAGGGUUUGUGUCUGGGAAUUGGGAGAUGGGGCAGAAGUUGCUGAUCUACAGCUUCGUCGCGCGGCGGACGAUGAUCCUUGCGGAGUACGCGGAGUUCAAGGGGAACUUCACGAGGAUCGCCGCGCAGUGCCUGGAGAAUCUCUCGGGCAGGAACAACAAGUUCAGUUUCAACUGUGACGGUCGCACCUUCAAUUACCUCGUUGAGGACGGAUACAGUGAGUGCUCUCGGGUUUCUGUUUCUGAAAUUGCGAAUCUCGCAGCAUUUUGUGUAGUUGCUGUUGAGUCAGUUGACAGGGAAAUUCCCAUUUUCUUUCUGGAGAGGGUGAAAGAGGAGUUUAACAAAAGAUAUGGAGGAAAUGCUGCAACAGCUGCAGCCAAGAGCCUCAGCCGUGAGUUUGGGUCCAAGCUUAAAGAGCACAUGCAGUACUGUGCAGAUCACCCUGAAGAGAUUAGCAAGAUGGCAAAGUUGCAAGCUCAGGUGUCUGAACUUAAAAGUGCUAUGAUUGAAAAAAUUGAGAAGGUUCUUGACAAUAAGGAGAAUGUUGAUGUGCUUGUUGAGAAGGCAAAAAACCUUUACUCUCAGGCACAAGAUUUUAGACUGCAAGGCACAACGGUGAGGAGGAAUCCGUGGCUACAGGAUAUGAAGAUUAUGCUGAUUGUGAUUGUCUUGGGCAUAAUCAUUGCACUGAUUCUUAUCAUAGUUUUGACCAUAUGUCUUGGCAACAAAUGCUAAUGUUGAUGGAUUUGGGAUAAUCACAACCGCCCUUUUAUCUUAUAUGACUUUGCUAUCUGUGGUGAUUGUGACUCAGCAUUCCCCGUUACAAAAUAGUAUUCUCUUUCUAUGUUCUCAUCUGUUGGGUUCUGUGAUGGGAUUGGCUUCAAGUGUUGUAUGUUAUGCAUACAUAGCCUAAACACAAUUCUUUCUUACUACAUGAAUAGACAGUUCUAUGGUGAUGCUUUAAUUUUGUUGUUGGUAUAGACUGAGUGAUGUCAAUCUUCUUGCGCAA